CGAAGGUAAUCUGGAAAAACGGGUUUCACGUUAAAUGUAAUCUUCUGUCACACGCCCAUUUGCAAUACAGGUAGUUGGGCUUCCACUGAUGGGACAAACGCUGACAUCAGUCCUCGCACGAACGCGCAUAUGGUUACGCGCUCCCAUCCAGCAGUCCCCCGUAUCCCAGAUACAAUCCCGAAGACGGGCACAUAUCGUACCUUACGCUAUCGGAAUAUAUGUGUUGUGUUUCUGCCAUCCCAUAUGACUGAAUUACCUUAGCAUUAAUAGUCAACCUCAAAGGAUUAACCAACGCGGAAGGUGGUGAGGUGCUGGUAGACGAUGUCUUCCUCCUGGGUACUGCCUUUGAUUUUCCUGGUCUCCGCCCUGUCCGUGUCGCACAGCGCCCAGCCUGGCUCCACACACGGCAAGAGGAGACCGGUGCAGUCCUCACCAGGCAAUGGGAAUGUCUUCCAGUACUCUGAGCAGGGCUUCCAGAGACAAGGGCAUGGGCACGGCAGGGAGCGUGGAGGGGGCCGAGGGGCGCAGGGUCCACGUGGCGUCAAAGCUAGUACUGGAGCUGCGCUUCUAUCUCGUAGGCCUCUGCACCCGGGAGCACGGCCUGAGGAUGAUGGAACGGGUCUGGAGGGCCUGAGCCCCGUGAGACUGGAGAGGGAGAAGGGUCACAGGGGCUUUAGAAACCCGUCUCAUGCUCGGGACAACCACCCUCUAGGACCACGCAAAGGGAGGGGUCAGGAACAUGGGCACCACUUUGACCACAGGAGAAAUGGAGGUCGGAGGGAUAAAGGUCGGCACACUAAACUUGUCCCUGCUGGGCCGGAGCUGGGAUUUGUUCUAAAGGACAGGGAUCCGUCUGAGGAGGGAUUUGUGUCGUCCGCAGCUGCAGCCUCCUCUUCCUCUCACAGCUUGACCCCACCCACUGAACCCCCCUCCCCCAUAUCAGCCAUAUUUGGCUCCGGCUUCUCUGCGGUUACCACGGUGAUAAGCGAGCAUCCCCCAACACUUCCCCCUGCCUCCACAAAACGCCAGUCUGGCCGGGGGAAGGUGCAAGGAGAGGUGAUGCCCACUCUGGAUAUGACGCUUUUUGACUGGACAGACUAUGAGGACAUGAAGCCAGUGGACUCCUGGCCAUCCUCCAGGAAGAAAGACAAGCGGCGCAGUAAGAACCUGAGCAGCGGCAACACGACGGUGGAUGCUGACGCCAUCGAGCCGUGUGACCAUCACCUGGACUGCCUCCCCGGCUCCUGCUGUGACCUCAGGCAACAUGAGUGCAAGUCCCACAACCGUGGCCUGGACAACAAGUGCUACGACGACUGCAUGUGUGAGGAGGGGUUCCGUUGCUAUGCUAAAUUCCACUGGAAACGGCGUGUGACCAAACGAAGGGGUCGCUGUGUAGUGCCAGAGUCAGUCAACAGUGACCAGGGGGCCUUCAUCACGGUGUGAGGGGUUGCCAACACAUCAGAAGCCCCUGAAACACACUGAACAUGACCUCUCUCUCUAACAUAACAGACAGUGUCUAGUGAUAGUUCAUUCAGAAUGUUCAUACAACCCAUCUGUUCACCCCCACUUUGACGCGAGAGAAAAAUAUAAGAAUUAGUUCCAAAACAGCAAAUGCGCAGUGUUUGAUUAUCUGUCUUGUACAUAUAAAUGUGUUUUCUGCAAACGGAUUGAUUUUCAAUGGCUUUUCUACUGAUAAUGCCACACUACUCUUCAAAGGUACUUAUUACAAGAAGAAGACGUUUUGGUUUAAGUUUCCUUUGAUAUGUUUUAUUGUGUUUUAUUUAUACAAUGCUUAUCUGUCAUAGUUUUUAAUCCUCAUUUUUGUGAUUAAAUAGUUGUUGAUUGAU